GUAAGCAGUAGCUCUGGAAGGAGCCGUUAACAUCACAACGAUCCGGACGCGCGCACCGAGCCGUCUCGCGUCCGAUUCUGUUUGCCAAUUAGAGAAGCGCCUGCACCCGAACCCGAAACCCCGCGUAAUGAAAAUGUUUUUUAAUUGAUAAACUUUUUCCCAUUUUACGGACCAAGAGUUUCGCGGUGCCGAAGAAUGCCGGCGGGAAUCGGGCUACGAAUAGCUUACCCCAAGAAGCGCUUUCGCUUUCGACCGUUUGUAUGCCGCGUUGUGCUGUUGUGGUUAGGAAACGAUCCCCGUCACGGGAUUUCUCGUGCUGGAAGUUGGAACGUGUAAAGCGUGGGUUUACGGCCGGCCAUUUGCAAUUUGUGGCCGGCGAAAGUGCUCUUGUACUAAGUACGCAAAUGAAGUGUUAGAAUUUGCAUACUAAUUGCAGCAAGGUAAUCGUCGCUCUAGGCUUUCCCCCUUAUUUCUGGAGGCGACGCAGUUUACAGUGAGUAUCUUCCGAAGAAGCAUUGGUAGAACUGCUGCUUAGCAAGAAAAGAAACAAGUUCAUUAGAAUUUACUAAGGUUAAGGGAAGGUGCGAGGAAUCUCACGAUGGUACCUAUCACAACGAGAACCCCUAUUUAGCUCAUAAUUAGUAGAGACCCCCUUCAGUGCCAACCACAAAACAGUAGCAGCAGCGGCGUAAUGACAGCGUGUGUCCUCCACGCGAUUAGAUUCACCACCACGUCACAGACACAGACUACUUUCCGCGAACGGUAGCCUACUGCGAUAGCACACACGGGGACAGUUGGAGCUGCAGUUGAAAAAAAGCCAAACUGUUCAACAUACACAAAUUAGAACUACGGGGGUACUUCUAAAUCGCUCCAAUCAGCUCGUCGACGGGGGUCGUCUUCCAGACCGUGGUGGUAGCCGGGGCGUCCCCGUGGAACGAACGGAAGGUCUCUAAAGUGAUAAGCAAGCGAGCUUCUUCAGUGAACAGCGUCGUAGCUGUGUGUGCGGUUCAGUAGCACUUUUCGUAGACGGCUAUACGGCGCGUCGUCUGGUCUCUCUGUCGCGCUGGGUUUCGGGCCCCAGCGGUACGUUCUACAAGUGCGUUUCGUGGUUCUGACAAACGGUGGCGGUGGCUUUCGGAGGUUUUGUUGGGCAGCGGCCAAACCUAUUUCGCACCGCGCGGGCUAGCGAUAAAAAAGAGCCCCCCAUUAUACGUUAGUGCACCGUGCACACUGGAAAGCAAAAGCCUUUUUUCACGCACUUUAACAGGUCCUCAUGGAAGAGCUGCUACUUUCACCUGCGCUCCAGCGUAAACGAUACAGCACUACCCUUCGAUGACCGUUAUCGAAACCCGAAGAACCGUCGAUGACGUUUAGGAAUGUGUGUGUGUGUGUGUUUUCUUUCCCUUUUCUUCAACACCUCUACUGGCUGCAACUUUGCAACGUGCACGCACUGGCUGUGUACACCGACGCAAUCUUCGUCCAGUGCAAUCUAGUCACCGAUGGUUUACCGCAGGGUACAGAUGGUCCGAGUGAAUUUCGCUCACCGAGGAGCGUUUUGUUGACAGUUUUACGUAGUGUGUUGUGAAAGGACUUUUAUUUGCGAUUAUUCAGUUUUGUGAAAUUGGUUCCGCAGAGCUUAUGUGAGCUAAUUUUGAUUUAACUGUGUUUAGUGUGUGAGCUCAAAACAAUGUGUAAAUUGUUCUAACUUCAAUCGAUUGUGGUGUGUAGAAGUUAAGAGUUUUCUUGCUAAAAUUUCACCACAAAAGUGUUGUGAAAUACCUGCUCAUCAGUUAAUAAACGGAAGCUCCAAUGUCCGUGUGUGUGUCCUCCGCUGGCGGGACACUCGGUGUCGAUGCGAUGUCACUGUCGCAGAUGGCAUUGCCCUCGUCGAUGAUGUUGCCAUUGGCACAUUCAUCCUCCUCCAUCGGGACACACUCAUCGUUGCUGAGUCAAUCGAUGGCCACUGGACAAACAAGCCUGGGCACGAUCGGCCCCCUAGACGGAGGCUCUUCAGUGGGAGGAUCAUCCAGAGCACUGCAUCACAACAGCAGCAACAGCACCAGCAACGGACACCUCAGCCUGAACGGGAGUCUUACCGGGCUGCCGGGCCUGCCCGGUCACAGUGCGCUCGAUGGACAAAGCUCCACCAUCGGCGCCGGCCUGUCCGGGGAUCUGGGGGAUCAUCAUCCAAAUCCCGAAAUGCUAUUGGCACUGAUAUCACGUAACAAGGCUCUCGAAGCAACCAUCCCAAAGUGUGGCGGCUGUCACGAACUCAUCCUGGACCGCUUCAUCCUGAAGGUGUCCGACCGCACGUGGCACGCCAAAUGUCUCCAGUGCAGCGAGUGUCGGGUGCAGCUGAACGAAAAGUGUUUCGCCCGCAAUGGUCAACUGUUUUGCAAGGACGAUUUCUUCAACUGGUCCGACAGGCGCUACGGGACGAAAUGUGCCGCGUGCGAUCUGGGCAUACCGCCGACGCAAGUGGUCCGACGGGCGCAGGACAACGUUUACCAUCUGCAGUGUUUCAUGUGCUCGAUGUGCUCCAGACAGCUGAACACGGGCGAUGAGUUUUACCUGAUGGAAGACUGCAAGCUGAUCUGCAAGCCGGAUUAUGAGGCUGCCAAGGCUAAAGGUCUUUACCUCUCCGAUGGUUCACUGGACGGUGAGUCAUCGAACAAGCGGCCGAGAACUACCAUCACUGCCAAGCAGUUGGAGACCUUGAAAAGCGCCUACAACAGCAGUCCCAAGCCAGCGCGGCAUGUCCGUGAACAGCUGUCGCAGGACACCGGACUAGAUAUGCGUGUCGUACAAGUGUGGUUUCAGAAUAGACGAGCGAAAGAAAAGAGACUUAAAAAGGAUGCUGGCCGUACCAGAUGGAGUCAGUACUUCCGCUCGAUGAAGGGAACAUCCUCGCCCAGCCGGCACGAUAAGCUGCUCGACAAGGAUGAGCUGAAGAUCGAUCUGGAUAGUUUCAGUCAUCAUGACCUCAGUAACGAUAGCUACAGUACGUCCAACAUGGGCCUGGAGGACGGUGCGUCACCGCACAGUGCCCGGGGGUCCUACAUCCACGGCAACGGAAGUCCUCCGCCGUACCUUUCCAGCCAUUCGCCUCCGCCCAUGGGAUCCGGCCACCCGUACGGUUCCUACCCGGACAAUAUCGUCUACACGCCACUAGGUCAACCACUAAGCUCGAUGCACCCUGGUGCUCGCCGCCCUGGGCUGCACGGUAGCGCAGUGUCGGACCUCAGCAACGAUUCUAGUCCCGCCCACGGCUACCCCGACUUCCCGCCGAGUCCCGACUCCUGGCUCGGUGACUGUCCGCCACCGCCGCAAACGCAACUUCCAGCUUCCGGCGCACCCACGGCACCUUCCGUUCCACCGCCACCGGCACCGCCGCUCGGGGUGAUUGGACAGCAACCGCCCCAGAAUGGAACGUCCGCCCUGCACUACUGAUGCAGGCGCAAGGGAGUACCGCUGCGCCAUAGCUUGCACUAGUUACGAGCACGUUCCGUCACGUUCGGAUUUGUUUCACUUGCGUUUGUGUGAUUUGUUCCACCGUAGUUCUCUGGGGUUUAUCCGUUGAAAAAAACCCGUAAUUGAAUGUGCCAUACCGGUCGGUGGAUGGCUUUCGGUCUUUCGGUUACUUCACCGUGAAAACUUCCUUUAAGCAGCACCACCCCCCAAAACAAUCAACCAGUACAUAGCGCGUACAAUGAAGUCUAAAAUGAGUGUAGAACUAGUCGUAUAGCAGUGUAGACAGAAGAAGUGUAAGUAAGUAAGUAAAAACUAAAAUUAUAAAUCACCCGGUGCUAGUCGUCUUGGACACCGAUAGUUAGAGAGAGCUGAGAGAGAGAAGGAGAGAGCAUUGCGAGGUGCGAUAGUCCAAUCCCAUACGUAAAACAAAACAAUGUCCGGCACGGAAUGGUAAAUAGGCCCGGGACCCAGUGUUAGGUCCACACCAGUCUCCCCAAAAACCAAUGUUCGUUCCUUGAAACUUCGUUCCGUUUGUGUAGGUACGGUGCGCAACUCAUUGCCGAAACGUAGCCAAAACGGUUUCUUUGGAGACUUAAACAAAAUCAAAAUCGAUCAAUCUUGCUGAAGAGGGGGGAGAGGCUCAGAAGCUCAGCCGAUGAGUGUAGUAGUGCUAGUGUGUAAGUAAGAUCGGAUGUACAGCAGACAGCGCUCCAAAGUUGACCAAUGUUUAGUGGCAAAGGUAAGAAACCGUAGAUAAGGACAGUUCACUUGCCAAACGAGUCAAUCUAAGCCCGAGAGCCCACAAAAACACCUCUGUGUGUAAAGGAGAACUGACGUCCUACAUUAUGUAGCUAUAUACACAGUCAUACCGCGAACUCUACUGCUCUACUUACACAAUUAGAGGCAAUCGCAUCGUGACAGGGCAACAAAAAGAGAGAGAGAGAGAGCACAAAACAAACACACUGGUAUCCGGUAUCCUAUUCAAAUGUGUACAUAUUUAUUUAAUUUAUUGCUACAAACAAAACCAAACGGCAAAGGAUCGAUCGAUCGGAACGAAAUACAGCAGCGCCACCGGCAAACCGGAUCCACGGUCCGCGAGCAGCCGUGCGAUUUACACGUU